CAGCAGAACUUGAAGUAAUCUUCAACUCUUCUCUUUCCCACUUACUCCUCUGUUUCUUUCUUUAGUUUUCAUUCUCUAUCAGGAGGAAGCUGUAGUUCAGCAAUGGAAGAUAAGGUGGAGAAUUCCUCAGAUCAAAGAGAAAUGGGAAGCCAAGAAAUUCCCAGAAGACAGGAGGGUGGUCUCAUUACCAUACCAUUUAUAAUAGCAAAUGAAGCAUUUGAGAAGAUAGCAAGCUAUGGAUUGGUGUCAAACAUGAUACUUUACUUGAUAAAGAACUAUCACAUGAGCGUUGCUAAAGGCACCAGCGUUAUCUUCAUCUGGACAGCUGCUACCAGUUUCAUGCCUCUUCUCGGUGCUUUCCUCUCUGAUUCAUAUCUGGGUCGUUUCCUCACCAUUGGCUUUGGUUCCAUCACCAGUCUACUGGGGAUAGUUCUUUUAUGGUUAACAGCCAUGGUACCAGAAUCAAAGCCUCCCCCUUGCAUUCCUUCAAGCCUGACUUGUAGAUCACCAACGGCAGCACAAUUGACUCACCUAUUCUCCUCUCUUGCUCUGAUUUCCAUUGGGGCUGGUGGUGUUAGGCCAUGCUCCAUAGCGUUUGGAGCUGAUCAAUUAGAGCGAAGAGAUAACUCAAAACAUCAGGGGAUCUUAGAGAGCUUCUUUGGUUGGUACUAUGCUUCAUCGUUUCUUGCUGUUCUAAUUGCUUUGACAGGAAUUGUUUACUUGCAAGAUCACAUAGGAUGGAAAGUGGGUUUUGGAGUUCCAGCCGUUCUAAUGUUCGUUGCUACUAUUGUGUUUUUCAUUGCCUCUCCUCUCUACCUCAAGAAGAAACCAAAGAAAAGCUUGUUUACUGGCCUUGCCCAAGUGAUUGUUGUUUCUUAUAGAAACAGAAACCUCUCGUUUCCCUCUACAAAUUCAAGGGAGCAUUACCAUCACAAUGGGGAUUCAAAGAUUGUUGUGCCUUCUGAUAAGUUAAGAUUUUUGAAUAAAGCUUGCAUCAUUAGAAAUCCUGAACAAGAUAUAGGCCCUGAUGGCUUGGCUGUAGAUCCAUGGAGACUUUGCACAAUAGAGCAAGUAGAAGAGCUAAAGGCACUCAUAAAGGUCUUACCGGUGUGGAGCACAGGGAUCAUGCUGUCAAUAACUGCUAGCCAGAGCUCGUUCAUGUUGCUCCAGGCUAGCUCCAUGGAUAGACACAUUUCUCAAAGGUUUCAAAUUCCAGCAGCAUCUUUUGCUACCUUUGGCCUUAUCAUAAUGGUGAUAUGGGUUAUUCUGUAUGACCGUGUGAUUCUCCCCUUGGCUUCAAAGAUCAAGGGUAAACCAGUGCAGUUAAGUGUUAAACUAAGGAUGGGAAUUGGGCUGUUUCUUUCGUGGAUGGCAAUGGUAGUUUCAGCAAUCAUUGAGAGUAUUAGACGAGGGAAGGCAAUCCAGGAAGGCUACUUAAACAAUGCUAGUGCAGUGUUAGACAUGUCUGCAAUGUGGCUUGUGCCACAAUAUUGCUUGCUUGGCUUAGCUGAAGCUUUCACUGCAAUAGGGCAAACUGAGUUCUUUUAUACUGAGCUCCCUAAAAGCCUGUCAAGUAUUGCAGCUUCUCUCUUUGGGCUAGGAAUGGCUGUGGCCAAUUUGCUAUCCACUGUUGUAGUUAGCACUGUGAAUGACCUAACCUCAAGAGGGGGGAAAGAGAGUUGGGUUUCGAGCAACAUAAACAAAGGUCAUUACAACUAUUACUAUUGGGUUCUCGCUGUAAUGAGCUUCAUCAAUCUGCUUUACUUCCUCCUUUGUAGCUGGGCUUAUGGCCCCUGUGGUGAACAGGUAACAAAAGUAAGAGAUACUGGAAAUGACUCAAAAAAGGAGGAAGCAUUACCUAAUCUAGUUGGGAUUAGAUUGAAGGAGGAUGAAAAAUGAUCCAAGUCCUGGGGUUUGCUCCCCUAAUUGGUGUUCUUGAUCAAAGUAUUAUGUUUUGCAGUAAGCUUAUACCUACAACUCUUAUUGUGAUGAUGAGUGCUUUUAAUCUUGGAAUGACUGUUAGAAGUUUUCUGUUAAUGGUGGGGAUAGUUAUUACUGUUAUAGUUUUCUUUUUUUUUUUUUUUUCUGAAGCCUUGACAUUGCUCCGACUUUUGUUACUUUUUGUGUGUGAAUUUCUAUAGCUUUUGCUGCAAUACCGUAUUUUUUGCCUCCUUUCACGGUUGUAUUUGUCAUGGUAGUUUGCCCACGAUUUUGUAAAUAGUUUUUCAUCCAUAAUUUUCUGUUUGUUGAUCACUCUAUACAAGGCUCUUGGUCGUUGAGCUUCAUUGGAAUUCUGAAAAGUGUAUUGUAAACACCAUGUACG